AUGUACUGGCCCCAUGGAGUUCCGCGGGUCUAUGCGAUCAAUGGCCCUGGAAUUCCAUUCACCGUCUCCGACGACGACGAGUCUAUAGGACUGGAGAACUCCGUCGAGCAGUCGCUAUCCCUCAAUGACAAUGAGCCCAAGAAACCGUCCGGUACGGAGUCAGCAUGGGCGAAUGAAGCCAUUGGCGGCCUCUGCGUGUCGCGCACGGGUCAUAUGUUUGCGACUAUGACCCACACAUCGAUUGCUUUGUGGCAGACGAGACCUACCGCCGUCGUCGCCGCCGUCACCCGGUCCACUUGGUCGCUCGAGACCUACGGUCCUAAUGUAGCCCUACUGAUGCAUCCCGAUUCCACCAUUAUCGUUGUACAGACCCAGAACGGCUACCUUCUGACCUACACGGUUGCUACGGACCCUCACAGCCGAGUGUAUCAACAACACUUCGACCACUCUACUCAAAGACAGCUCGCGCGUCUGUCCGCAGAGGAUGUCAAUGGGGUUCGAGAUGUCAGUAUGCGAUUCAGGAUGGCCAUUAAGAUUGAAUCUGGUAUCGUUCGGGCUCUUGCCCUGGAUAAUGAACUUGUCGUGGCCACUGUGAAGCCGCCGGCAAUCCAGUGCAUCCGAUGGACCCCGGACGCCAGCGGCUCGCAGACCACCUCGGAGCUAUUGAGCCGGAUCCUGGGUGUGUCCAAGCGGACGUCGAUAGCGGACAUGGUGUAUGAUCGUGCCAUCAACCUCCUGGUAUGGAUCACCAAUGAUGGACAAGCAUAUGCGGUCCAGCGCACAUUAAACGGGGCGCAGGAGCCCGGGGCGCCCAAAAAGCUUUUCAACGGACACUGCUUCCAUAACCCCAAGGAUGAUGGGGAGAAGGCCGUCAAGGUCGCCGUGAAUGCCCGGUUUUCACUGCUGACGGUGAACUGCGCCAACGGCGAGGUCUUGGUGUACACGGCAAAAGACUACCUGGGGAAUGUACCCCUUUCUCACAAACUCCAGUUGCCCGCCUCGCCGGUAACUACCGGGAAAUUAAAUUUCAUGUGCUACUCGCCCGAUGGAUAUUGUCUGUUUGCCGGUUACGAUCGCGGGUGGACCACAUGGAGCGUGUUCGGGAAACCCGGAGGCAACAGUUUUACGGCAGACCGGGAGCUCGCCAAAACCAACUCCGAGGAUUGGUUGAAUGGGACGUCGUAUGGUUGUUGGAUCGGCGGAGGCUCCGACAUUAUAUUGGCAGGGAUGGAAGACCGACGUCUGUGGAUCUUGGAAACAGCUCGCAGCGCCCUGACUGGCUGCUUUUCUUCGGCAAAUCUCGCCAGAGGCCUUCUGCAGACAGGAACGGAGGUCAUCCUAUAUCGAGGCCAUGACCUGCCCGACCUCAUGACCAUCUCGGGCAAAGACUCGUUGUGGCAUCAUGCUCAGUACCCACAAAGCUACCUUCAUUCCCAGUGGCCCAUCCGGUCCAGCGUCGUGUCGCAGGACGGACGUUAUGUCGCCGUCGCUGGCCGGCGAGGCCUUGCUCACUAUAGCGUGAACAGUGGACGGUGGAAAGUGUUCGAAGACUCGAAAGUCGAGAACUCUUUUGCAGUCCGGGGCGGCAUGUGCUGGUAUGGGCAUAUUUUGAUCGCCGCCAUUGAAAGUGACGGGUCAUACGAGCAGCUGCGAUUAUAUUCCCGGGAGCAGCCCUUGAACAAUCAGUCGAUUUUGCACAUAGAAUAUCUUCCCUCGCCGGUGGUUUUCAUCGGGCCAUCGGGCGAGGACUCCAUCCUUGUUUAUACCUACGACAACAUCUUAUACCACUACAUCAUCUCUUCUGUGAAUUCUCGAAUCUCGUUGGUCCCGGUUGGUCAGAUCGCUUUUAACGGCAUUGUGCGAGCCCCAACUCGAGUACGCGCAAUCAGCUGGGUGUUACCAGAGGAUCAACUGCGCAAUGGCGACCCAUCGCAAGAUGUAAAACAGGCCUCGGUGCUUCUUUUAGUCGAUGGAAACCUCGUGUUGCUCCAGCCAUCGACGUCGGACGCCGGGGACUUGAAGUAUGACAUGAGAGUGGUUUCCCACGACGUCGAAUACUACAUCUUGAUGCGAGAUCAGUUCUCAUUCAACUUCGCGCCGUCGACGGACGAGUCUCUCCCGUCCAGUCCGUCGGCUGAGAUGACACUAAACAUGUACCACCACAAUUUGUCCCUGAGAGACUCUCUCUGGACCUUCUGCGGCAGAGAUCUGCUGGCCUGGGGCGAUGUGCAAGAUGUCCUGCGCCGGGAAGACGUUCCCAAGGCGAUCGAGAUCCCACUGGACUUUUACCCGCUGUCGGUAUUGUUGAACAAGGGGAUAGUUUUGGGGGUGGAAUCCGAGAUGAUGCAACGGCGUGACGUUACCUUUGCGGUACUAAAAUUUGCCAUCCGAAGCCAUCUAUUCCUGCCCUACCACUUGCAGCACUGUCUGGUCAAUGGGGACAUGCCAGCCGCACUGUCGCUCUGCCAACACUUCUCGCACCUCUCCUACUUCCCACACGCUCUUGAAGUCCUCCUCCACCACGUCCUCGACGAGGAUGUCGACAACGAAAGCCGCAACAGCAAAGUCGACGACCCGUCCUUGAAACAAGAGCCCCUCCUCCCUUCCGUCAUCUCCUUCCUCCAAGCCUCCCUCCCCGCCCGCGUCUACCUUGAUAUCGUCGUGCAAUGCACACGCAAGACCGAGCUCCGGUCCUGGCGCACGCUCUUCACCUACCUCCCCCCGCCGCGGGAUCUCUUCGAACAAGCCCUCCGACUGAACUCCCUCAAGACGGCCGUCGGCUAUCUCCUGGUUCUGCAGGCCUUCGAGGACGAGGAGGGCCACGAGGCGCCCAUUGAGGACUACGUGGUGCGGCUGAUGGCGCUGGCGUCCCAGAAAAGCGAGUGGGAGCUGUGCGCCGAGCUGGCGCGGUUCUUGAUCGCGUUGGACGGCACGGGCGAGAUGCUGCGGCGGGCGGUUUCGCGCGCAGGUCUGCGCAAUCCCGGUGGGUAUGCCGGGACGGGCAGCGUCAAGGGACUGGGGUUGGGAGGGUUGACGAUCAGUCCGUCGUGGUCGUCGCUGUCGCCGACGUCGUCGAUAUCUCCGCGGCGAAGUCCGAAAGAAGAGGAGUUGCCUUGA